AUGGAAGAGUCCAGCUCAACAAACGCCGGCGGCAUCGGCGAAGAGGAGGAAGGUGAGGAAGAGGACGAAAGCGUGGGGAGGAAGAAGGGCGGCGCCAGCACGCGCGGAAGGAAGCGCAAGGCUGUAACGAGGAAAGCGCCCGCCGCCGCGAAGAAGGCGAAAACGACGAAGAAGACGCCAACCAAGCGGGCCAGUGCCAAGACGGCAUCGAAAGAGACGCCGGCGGAUGGCGAUGCCGCCUCCACGCCCGCUCCCGCGCCCCGAAAGAGAGGGCGGCCGCGCAAAGUGGUGGCCUCCACCUCCACCUCUCCGCCCUCGGAGCCGGCCACCGAGAGCCGCGGUGGAGACGAAACGCCGCCGACGACCGUCACAACGGCGACGGCCGCGGCCGAGAAGCAACAGACCAACGGCGUCGAGUCGCCCACCAUGAACGAGGCCCCGGCGCCGGAGAGCACGGCAGCGGCGGAGAAGACAGCGGCAAGCGAUUCGCUGCGGCGGUCGGCCAGAGUCCCCAAGAAGCGGAAGGCGUACGGACACGACUGA